CAUGUUCCACAGAACAGAGGUUUCCAUGGUGAUAUAUUGAAACAUUUUUCACCUGCUUCAAGAAGAUGACUAGCUCAACCAAAGAGUCGCGGUAAUUUAAGGAGGACACUGGUAGCAUCUCUCAUGGCAUCUGUAAAAACAAUAAUCCGUCCGGUGGACAAAGGCUGCCUCCGGUCAAACAUCCCAUUUUUGAACAGCGAUCCAGAUGCUUUCUCAACCCAUCACCAGGAGGACUUCAAGCCUUUUUCUAUCGAGAGGACAAAACCUUUUAGUGAGCCCAUGGCAGCUGAGGUGGACCACAAGGACUUGAAGUACAUCCAUGAGAACCUGACAGAGAUGAUGACAUCCUACCAACCUUAUACAGUGCCACCGGUGACGUGCGUCCCUCGCUGGAUCAAGCUUAAAACCAACUUCAAGAUGCAUGCAGACCCUGGGCAUAUCGCUUUUCUCACCACUCAGACCCAGGAUGAUUUGAGGCCCCGGCCUUUCCAGCUCCCUCCCCUUCCCUUCAGACCAUCAUCGGGCUAUAAGAAGCCUGAGCAAGUGGAAAAGCUCCCUGAAAGCAGCUGCCAAGCCUCCUUCAUCCCACACCAUGUCUCACCUGUUGUAAAAGCCACGACUGAACAUCUAGAAGAGGGCUCUGCUGCAAUCAGAGUGGAUGAGCGCCAAUGCAACCUUGUCUCCCACUAUAGCACCAUGUUCCAGGGAGCCCAGGGCAGACCUGCUCAAUCUCUGAAAAAGCACACCUCCUCAGUGGUUAUGGGUGAUCCUGUGAAGAUUGUCGAAAAGGAGACAACCCACGAGGUGUCAUUCAACUGGCCCACUGCCCGCAGCCCACCUGUGGUAAAAAAAGGUUUGAAGUUCAACCUUGGAAAUUUCCCUCAGGACUCAUGGUCGCCCACAACCAAAGAGGACUUUCGUUAUGAAAAGCCAGGAAGUCCAGUUGUUCUGACAAAGGGGAUCAGAAAUUUAAGUUCCUUACCUGAGGGAGACACGGAUCCAGAGUGCAACAAAGACUGGAUGUCUGUCACCACCAACAAAAUCUUCUUCCCUCUGCACCACACAACGCCUCCUGUGCAUUUACCCAAGUCUGACCUGAUUACCAAAAGCCAUGUGCAGUUCAGCUCACCCCAUCUGUCUGGCCUGUACUAUACAACUACGGGUAAAGAGGACUACAGCAAAAAGGACGCAGUGCGACCCAGAACAAUCGUCCAGCAGCCGAGCAACACACUGAAGGGACCAGAACAUGGGCCAAACCUCAGCACGAUCAUGGCUGACUAUGUCCCUCGAAAGAUCUGCAGACCGGUCCCUUUUCUGCCACCGGAGAAGACCAGCAUCAGAUUCCCGAUCACCCAUCAGCACUUCAGCACCACCCACAGUGAAGAAUACUCUGCCAAACCUCUGGUCUUGAAGGAGCCAAGCAAUAACCAGUUCCGCUCUCAUUUUGUCAUACAUUGACUGACAAACAUGACUCUUUCUCAUGUGUUCUUGCUCAGCUCCUAAUAAAAGAUAUAGUGAAAUCAA